AUGAAAACUUUUGGAGUUUCAUUUAUAAUCUUUUUUGUUACUAAAUGUGGACCGGUGAGUGUCGUCGUACCAGUAGCUGGAAGAAGAAAUACAUUUAUUGCGGGUUGCGGUCAAGAAUUAGUGCAAGUUUAUUGGAAUCCACUUACCACCAAUAGAAACCCUCGAAUUGAAGUUCUUUCAAGAGUUGAUAUCGGUGUUCCAGAUACAAGAUUUAAUGAUGGAAAAGUCGACCCAAGAGGCAGAUUUUGGGCCGGAACAAUGCUCAUUGGCAGCAGACAGGCCCACCCACCGGAUCAAGCUUCAGUGUACAGAUUCGCAUACAAUGGUACUCCAACGACAAUGAUAACUCCAGUCAGCCUUAGCAAUGGUCUUGUUUGGAGUCAUUCCAACAAUUCAUUUUACUAUAUUGACAGUCUUGCAUACAACAUCGUUGUAUAUGACUUCAAUGACACCACUGUUGAAAUGCCGGUGACUGAGGUAUCCAGUGUUGCUUUUGGUGGCCGUAAUAAAGACAUUUUGUAUGUUACUUCAGCCAGAGACCAACUGAACCAGUCUCAAUUGAGAGAACAACCACUUGCCGGUUCUGUUUUUGCUAUUUAUGGUCUUGGUGUUUCUGGCUCUCCUAUGCUCGCUAUACUCACACAAAAAUUAGCAAUGAAUAUCUUUACAUUUUUUAUGAAUUAUCAAUUUUUGAUGGCGAUGUCCUCAGUUACACAACGAACUCCGGAAGAAAUAAAAUUUGAGCGAAUCGAAGGGCCGUACAUGUGCGCUGAAGGACCACAUUGGGAUUAUGAAAAUAAUCGGCUUUAUUACCUAGAAUGUGGAUCAGUUGGGUUCGCGAUACCCGUCGCCAAUAAGAAGAAUACCUUCAUAACAGCAUGCGGAACAAAUUUAAUCCAGGUGUCUUGGGACCCAGCCACUGAUGACUUGGAUCCUAAAGUAAAAUUUAUCAGCCAAGUUGAUGUUGGUGUCAGUGAUACCAGGUUCAAUGAUGCAAAAGUUGACCCGGCAGGAAGACUGUGGGCCGGAACUAUGGGUGAAAAAGACGGGCUUCCAGUCUCCGGCAAAGGCUCCUUGUACAGAUUUGACUACGAUGGUACUCCGAAAAAAAUGAUAAGCCCAGUUGACAUCAGCAACGGACUCGUUUGGAGUCUCAAUAAAGACGCAUUUUAUUACAUCGACAGUUUUGCAUACGUUAUUGAUGUCUACGACUACGAUGACGCUACUGGAGAUAUCUCGAACAGACGUACCUUAUUUGAUCUCAAAGCAAACAACAUAACAGGCAUCGCUGAUGGGAUGACCAUUGACAAAACGGGAAACCUUUGGAUUGCUAAUCAUAGCGGUGGAACUGUAUUUCAAAUCGACUCGAAGACUGGUAAAUUGUUGCGGACUAUCAAGAUGCCGAUGAGAGAUGCGACUAGUGUAGCUUUUGGAGGCCCGAAUAAAGAUGUUCUUUAUGUGACGUCUUCCAAAGAUAAAAUGCCUGAAGAUCUUCUGAAACAGCAGCCCUUAGCCGGGUCAGUUGUCGCCGUUUACGGGCUUGGAUGUAAAACAUCAAUAAUCAUACUCCAUUGGGAUCCAAGUACCAACAACUUAAAUCCUGAGUAUCGUGUCAUAUCGCAGGUUGAUCAAGAUAUCAGCGACACAAGAUUCAACGACGCAAAAGUCGACCCAAGAGGCCGACUUUGGGCCGGAACUAUGGGUGAAAAAAAUGGAGUUCCUCUUACAGGCAAAGGUUCGAUGUACAAAGUCGACCUCGACGGCACCGUAGCAAAAAUGAUUGACCAUGUCGAUAUCAGUAAUGGUCUUAUUUGGAACCAUUUCAACGAUUCGUUUUACUUCAUCGACAGUUUUGCGUAUAAAAUAGAUGAAUAUAGUUAUGAUGUCAACUCUGGAAACAUAUCUAACAAGCGCACGAUCUUCGACUUGAAGAAAAAUAAUUUAAUGGGAAUCCCAGAUGGUAUGACCAUCGACAAAGUGGGAAAUCUUUGGGUGGCUAACCAUGGUGGAGGAUUGGUUCUUAAAAUUGACCCUAAAACUGGGAGAUUACUUCAAUCAAUAAAAAUGCCGGUAACUCUUGUAACCAGCGUUGCUUUUGGUGGUCCAAAUAAAGAUAUCCUCUACGUAACCAGUGCCAAGGAUAAAUUGAACGCUACUCAAUUAGAAAAUGAACCUUUGGCAGGAAGCGUUUUUGCUCUUCAUGAUCUCUGUAUUUCAGGAUCUCCAAUGCGUUCCUAUGUAAUGAAUUUAUAG